AUGGCCUCGCAUAUGCCUCCGGCCACAGGCGCGGGGGCCUCAGCCCCUCGAAAGGUCGAGGAAAUCGCCCGAGAGGCGCAGAACUAUGAAUACAACCCCUCGAUUCCUCUGCGGUUUUGGUUAAGGACCGCCACGAAUUUACUGAGAGAGGCUGGUAUUUACGAACGAGAGGGAGACGAUGAACAAGCGUAUUGCCUGUUAUUUCGCCAUGCUCAGUUGGUUCUCGAGAACCUGGCAAAACAUUCCGAAGCCAAAAAUGAGCAGAAUCGGAAAGCUCUGAUGGAAGCAAACAAGGAUGUCAACAGGAAUCUCAAAAAGUUGGAAAUCCUCAGACCUCGAAUCAAUAAACGAUAUAAACGCUAUACAGAGUUGAUGAAUGAUCGCCAAGCUCGAAGCCCGCCCUUGGGAACGAACAAGACCGGGCCCAACCAGCAGCAGCCCCAGGAUCCCGCAUUGGUAGGUAUUGCCAAGCCUCUGGAGGCUGGCGAGAACCGAGACCUGGCAGUUAAAUUAGCGAGGACGGAAAUACACCGGAGGGCCACAGCCAGGAAAGCUGUACAUCAAGCUGGAAGAACACCCGAAGAGGAGCAGCGUCGACGCACGGCAGGUAUCUGGGGUGACUUGGGGAGCGCUCUGGACAGAAACGGCCCAGACACGGACAAUGACUUGAGUCGACGGAUACAAGAUGUCAGGGUCAACAUGGACCAUGCGCACGAUGCGGACCGUCAAAGGAAGGCAACAGAAUCCACGGCGCGACCGUUGACUGCAGGAUCCUUUACGUCCGCGUAUAAGUACCCAACAGUGCCUCGCCAGAAGGCGCUAGAUAUUGCGCCCUCCACGACCAACGGAGCGAGAGAUGCGACGAUGUCCUCCCCAGCGGCCCCGAUGCGGCCUCCAAAAGAACGAUUUGAGCCUCUCCAGCCAGUGGUCUUAGAUGGGCCAUCGCCGCCCCCAAGACCGGACAAGAUCUCCCCAAUACCCCUGGCAUCCGCAGCUCAAACACAAGCUCCAGCUCCUCCGGUGAAAGUCAAGCCAGUCGCGGAUGAUGGGGAUGGCCGUUCAAAUUUGGACCCAUCCAGCUUCACCUUCAAACCGGCCGCCUACCUGGAGAAUGGUACCCCUCUCCGGACGGUUUUCCUACCCCCAGAGCUACGAUCAACGUUCCUUUCGCUGGCAGCUUCGAACACACGACGCAACCUGGAAACAUGCGGUAUACUUUGUGGGACCUUGAUAUCUAACGCUCUGUUCGUCUCCCGGCUUCUCAUCCCCGAGCAAACCGCCACAUCGGACACGUGCGAAACGGUGAACGAGACUGCCAUAUUUGAAUACUGCGACUCGGAGGAUUUGAUGAUCCUCGGCUGGAUUCAUACCCACCCGACGCAAACAUGCUUCAUGAGCUCGAGAGAUCUGCAUACGCAUUCUGGAUACCAAGUGAUGUUGCCCGAGAGCAUUGCGAUUGUCUGCGCUCCGAGCAAAACACCGGACUGGGGCGUUUUCCGAUUGACCGACCCGCCCGGGCUCAAGACGGUCCUCAACUGUACGCAGCCCGGUCUGUUUCACCCGCACGCCGAGACCAACAUCUAUACCGAUGCGCUACGACCGGGGCAUGUGUUCGAAGCCAAGGGGCUCGAAUUCGAGACUGUGGAUCUGCGGCCGAACGGAUCCUAA